GGCGACCUGGUGAACACUGUUUACGGGAGUCUGCCCUCGGGAUUUUACGUGCCGGAGAAGGAGCAGGCGGCGCUGAAGGCAGUGGGGGGCAGCCCGUUGUACGGGGAAGUGCUUUCCGACUCGUUGGCGCAGAUCCUCUGGCGCAUGGACGUGACGGCCAAUGACGUUUUCUACGACCUCGGAAGCGGGCUCGGUAAAGCCGUCGUGCAGACCGCGCUGACGACGCCGGUGAAGCGGGCCAUCGGGAUCGAAUUCGAGCCGACGCGGUACGACGCCGCGCAGAACGCGAAGCUGUUUCUGUUGAGAAACUCGCUGACGAAGGUGCAGGAGGUGAACCAGAUCAACAAAAAGGAUACGAAGGGGUUCUCCUCUCUGUUUCGGAAGACGCAGGAGUCCCUCCCGGAGCAGUGCGGGAAACUGUCCCCGGAGCAGAUUCGGUCGCUCACCGGAUCGCCCGACAACGUGCGCAAGAUCGAUUUCCGGAAGAAGGACUUUACCAAAGCGAAAAUGGACGAUGCCACGCUCGUAUACAACUUCUCCUUCUCCCGCGAGCAGCUCGGACAGGUGUGCGCCGCCCUGCCGAAAAAGCUGCGCAUGUUUGUUUCCAUGCACGGGAUCGAGGGCGUCACCGCCUGUUCGUCGAAAUUGGUGGAGGAGCGCAAGGAGAACCUACCGUUUUCCUGGAGCAAGAUCGAUCCCACCAGCGAUCGGGAAAAGGAUUCGGGCAGCCCGGUGUACUACUACCGAUUGAGGGAUGAAAAUGCAGUCUGAAGUAGUAGUGGCGAAGCGAAUAAAUGUGACACGAAGCUGGAGCCAGGAUGAUAGCUCACCAAGAACCAUGAUUUUUUAUUUCGUGGAACUGUACGAUGAAUAAAGCGCUAUUUCCUCGCUGUGCAUGCGCUUGAACAAGAGUUUUAGCAUUGACACGUCUACAACAUCGCUGAAGAAUAGCUACUAAGCCUAAGGGAUGCUGUUGAAGUCACGUUGCAUCCGUUCAAGACGGCCCUGCUGCAUCUAGAACGCAGUAUACAUGUGUACAAUGGUCUUGCGCCCACUCUCGCUCAACAUCUGGAGUCGGAACUUAAGUACAUUCAGGUCCA